ACUAGGAGUGCAUUUUGUUUGAAGAGGAAAAUAACACAAGGUACUGUACAUUACGGUCCAUUCACUUUGUCUUUUUUCUGUAUGCGCCUCCUUCCCACAUCACCACAGCUGUUGGAUUCUACGCCACAGUCAGAGGGGGCGAAAGAGGUGGCCCACAGCGUCUGCUCUCUCAGAGAUCCGGCUGAGUGUUUCGGCUCCGUGGGCUUGAAGAUGAAGAAGCAGAAUGUGCGGACCCUCUCUCUCAUCCUCUGCAUGUUUUCCUACCUGCUGGUGGGCGCCGCGGUGUUCGACGCGCUUGAAUCAGAGACGGAGAGCUCUCGCCGACGCAUCCUGGAGCUGAAGCGCACGGAGAUGAAGAAGAAGUACCGGUUCUCUGAGGACGACUACCGGGAGAUCGAGCGGGUGGUGCUGCAAGCGGAGCCCCACCACGCCGGGAGACAGUGGAAAUUCGCCGGGUCUUUCUACUUUGCCAUCACGGUCAUCACCACCAUUGGUUAUGGCCAUGCAGCUCCAGGCACAGAUGCAGGGAAGGUAUUUUGCAUGUUCUAUGCCAUUCUGGGCAUCCCUCUCACCCUGGUCAUGUUCCAGAGCCUGGGCGAGAGGAUGAACACGUUCGUCCGCUACCUCCUGUGCAGGGCCAAGCAGUGCCUGGGGUUACGGAGGACUGAGGUGUCCAUGGAGAACAUGGUCUCAGUGGGCUUCCUGUCCUGCAUCGGCACCCUGUGUGUCGGGGCAGCAGCCUUCUCCCACUACGAGGGCUGGACCUUCUUCCACGCCUACUACUACUGCUUUAUCACGCUCACCACCAUUGGGUUUGGGGACUUUGUGGCCCUGCAGAAGAAGGAGGACCUCCAGGAGAAGACGCCGUAUGUGGCCUUCAGCUUCAUGUACAUCCUGGUGGGGCUGACAGUGAUUGGAGCCUUCCUCAACCUGGUUGUGCUGCGCUUCCUCACCAUGAACACAGAGGACGAGAGGAGGGACGCCCAGGAGAGGGCCUCCAUCAAGAGGGAGAGGGGCCUGCUUACCAUGGGGCUCCAUGGAGGAGAAGGAGGAGGAGGACCAGAGCAGGGCAGAGGAGGGCUUGGGGACAGGGACAGGGACAGGGGGAGGGACAGGAUGGGGCAGAGCCGCAGUCACAGCAACCUUUUCCGGCCCAUGGAGGAGGGCACCAGCCGCACCAACCUCAUCACCUCCCCAGCGGAGGAGCAGGAGGAGAGGGACAGGGCCAGGGGUGCCCCCUGCAAGCAGAGGCUGCACUUACAACUGCACGGCACAGGCAGACUAAGGACAGAGUCCCCCCUGGGCUCCCUGUGCUCCUGUAUGUGCUACCGUCUGGGGGUGUGUGACAGCCCCCUGCCUUCCCGCAGCGAGCACCACGGGUGCCACAUUAACUCUGUCUACUACAGCUCCAUCUCCUACAGGACCCAGGGCUGCUCCCCCAGGGACAACACAGGACUCUCGUCUCCAGGGAGCACACUCUCGCCUCGGCACAGCUUCAAGGAGUACCCCCGCUCCCGGAGGAAGUCAGUGUAGCACCACGGUGGGACAGAAUCUUUGUUUGCACAGGUUGGAUUAAUACAGUAUUUCAUACAUAUAUUUUGAAUACACUACAGAGACAAGGUGUUGUAGUACACUACAGAUGCACACUCAUUAGAGGAGUAAUUGUUGUAAAUGAUUGGUAGAGGCAAUAGAAUCUGUUUUAUCACAGGAAUUUUUGAACCUAUUUUCCCUAAUCAGAUGAUUACAAUGCUGUAUGUAUUCUAAGGAUGCAGUUAAGUUGUUCUUUCAUUAUAGCCACUGGAGAUUUGUCUUGUGAAUCAAUUCACUUAGUAUUGUAAUACUCUGUUAGUAUUUUGUUUGUGCCCCAAUAGUUUUUUCUCCUGGAUAGUUUGAGUAUUAUCUGCAUUAUAUUUUUGUUGUUGCAUGCAAAUAAGAGUGAGAUGCAUGGUUAACAUGAUGCAUAUGGCAUGAUAAUUAUAUUAAGAAAAUAGUUGUAAUGAUGCAAAUGACUAUAUUUGGGUAUUAGGAUUGUUUUUUAAGUAGCUGACAUA